AAAAAUUGUAAAACGAAUUGAAAGCGCACAAAUGGCGGAAAGCAUGGAAAAAGCAGAAGCCGAUAAAACAAUUGAGGAGGAGUGCGAUGAAAAAGAGGAUACUGAGGAUGCAGAAAUGCAGUCUGAUUCCAGCGAAUCAGAAGUUGAUAAUGAUGAGGAGGACGAGGAAGCAAACAAAAAGAGACUUGAAGAACUUCAGAAACAGAUAGAAGAAAAUACCUACUUUUACGAUGGCCAUACAGAGAUGAUCAAAAUACUGCGUAAUACAGGGGAGCUAGAAAAGCUGAGGGAGGCCCGAGAGAAAAUGAGCCAGUACUUUCCAUUGACGCAAGAAUUAUGGUUGGAAUGGCUCAGAGAUGAAAUUCCUUUGGCAACUGAUGAGAAAGAAAGAAAACAUGUUUAUGACUUGUUUGAAAGAGCUGUAAAAGAUUAUCUAUCUGUAGAUGUUUGGUUGGAGUACGUACAGUUUUGUAUUGGAGGAAUGGGACAGAUUGAUGGGAUAUCCCACAUUCGUGAUGUUUUUGAGCGGGCUUUGGCGACUGCUGGACUCCAUGUGGCAGCGGGUUCCAGUUUAUGGGAGGCAUACAGAGAAUUUGAAAAUGCUCUGAUGAGUGGAUAUAUGCCUCAGCCAGGACAAGUAGCAACCCCAGAACAGGAGGAGAAAUUCAACUCUCAGCAGGAUAGAGUAGUCUCCCUUUUCAAAAGGCAGCUGUCUAUUCCUCUGAUGGAUAUGCAUGAGACCAUGAGUGAAUUUAAGGAAUACUAUGAGGAUGAAAUAGACGAUGGAACCAAAGAGGCCUACAAUAAAGCUCUUGAGAAACUUGAAAAAUUGAUGCCAUAUGAGGAAGCUUUAACAGCAGCUGAACCUCCCAGGUUGGAUGCCUAUUUGUCCUACAUUGAUUAUGAGAUGACCCAUGAUGAUCCAGCCAGAAUUCAAAACAUCUUUGAGAGAGCCCUGCAAGAAAACUGUUUAAAUUCAGAAUUGUGGUUGAAAUAUGCAAAGUAUCUGGAUCACAAGAGACUACAGGUUGAGACUUUAGUCUUAGGGAUGUACGAGAGAUCUGUCAGGAAUUGUCCUUGGUGUUCCCAGUUGUGGCAGAGAUAUGUACUGGCUAUGGAGAGAUUUCACAAACCUCAGAAAGAAAUCAAAGAGUUGGUGGACAGAGCCCUACAGUGUGGUUUUAACUCGGGGGCUGAUUACCUGGUUGUGUGGAGUACUUACUGUGAUUAUCUACGUCGAAGAAUCAAAUGGAACCAAGACCAUGAGGAAGAACUCGAUUUAUUCAGGAUAACCAUUGAGAGCGCUGUCAACUUCCUAGCAUAUUAUGGUGUAGAAGCUGACCCCAAAGGAAGCUUACAACAGUUCUGGGCAGUGAUAGAGGGCAAGUUUUGUGGAAAUAUGACUAGGGCAAGAGAAAUCUGGACUGAAAUCAUGUCAGCAGGCAGGAAUCAUGAAGCAGCUCUAUGGCUAGAUUAUCUCAGAUUGGAAAGGGCAUAUGGUGACAACAAACACUGUCGUAAGCUGCUGAAUCGAGCUCUCAAUGUAGUGACAGAUUGGCCAGAAGCUAUUGUGGAGGCAAUGAUCAACUUUGAAAGGGAGGAGGGAGAUCUGGAGCAGUAUGAUGCAGCAGUUACUAAAUGUGAAGUGCACAUGGAUGCAGUCAACAAGGAAAGACAGGAAGCUGAACAAGAGGAAAAAAGACAAAAUAGAAGGAUAGAAAAGAAACAAAAAAGGUUUGAUGCCAAGCAGAAAGGGAAAAAGGGUCCAGGACAGAAAAAUGACACAGAGAAAUCCCCAAAGAAAGUCUCUGAAGGAAAGGCAGGGAAGAAUGAGAACAGGAAAAGAAAGGUGUCACAGGAAGAGCCGAAUGAUUUUAAAGUACCUGAGGUACCAAAUUCUAAAGGACCACCCCCUCCUGGAUUUAAGGAACCACCUCCUCCUACAGGGCAGAAGGGACCUCCACCCCCAGGUUUUAAAGGACCACCACCCCCAGGGUAUAAAGGAGCAGAACCUGCAACCAAAAAGCCCAAAAUAGAUGAAACCCCCAACAAUGGAGCUGGAGGGGACGGUCCAACCACGCACUCAGAUUUUGUGGAAAAAGCAGAACAGGAUCCAGACAAAUCCAGACGCACGUCCUUUGUCAGCAAUCUGGAUUACUCCAUAGAUGAAGACAGGAUUGGUCAGAUAUUUGCUAAGUGUGGUGAGAUGACAGAUAUUCGAUUAGUGAAAACAAUCAAGGGAAAGUCAAAGGGAUAUGCUUAUGUGGAAUUUAAAGACGAGUUGGGUGUGCUGGAAGCUCUGAAACUGGACAGGACGCCGAUCGAAGGCCGCCCAAUGUUUGUGUCCAAGUGUGAAGACAGAAGCCAGAAAAAGGCUCAGUUCAAGUUUUCCACUGCAAUGGAAAAGAACAAGUUGUUUAUUAAGAACCUUCCAUUCACGUGCUCAAAGGAUGCUCUCAUCCAAAUCUUUAGCGAGCAUGGACCAGUGAAGGAGGUUAGAAUGGUCACCUACAGAAGUGGAGCUCCCAAAGGGUUAGCUUAUGUUGAGUUUGAAGAUGAGCAAGAUGCAGCAAAAGCUGUGAUGAAGACAGAUGGACUAAAGAUUGGUGACCAUGAGAUUGAGGUUGCAAUCAGUAACCCCCCACAGAGGGGCACACCCGUAAAUGUCCGGGAGGAAACGUCAUUUACUCCAACACUAGGAGGAGGGAAAAAGGAAACAGAAACGAGAGGAAAGGCACGUACUCAGCUGUCUCUGGUACCAAGGUCAAUACAGCGAACUCCAGCCCCCUCCAAGGGAGCUAACCCCAAGAGUAGCCCCAUGCCAUCCUCGGAAGCAAACGGACAAGCGGCAGCUAGUGCUACAGCCACCAAGAUGAGCAAUGACGAUUUCAGAAAAAUGUUGCUGAAGAAAUAACUUUAUAUGAAGGAUUCAAACAUUGUUAAUUAUUUGUUAAUGUCUCUGAAUAAAGUGCUUAGUGUUAUGAC